AGCCAUUUUGGGGACCUUUACCAAGACGGCUCUAUAUGGAACCCUUUGCCAAGUCAGCAUAAAUCCAUGUGGUGAGAGAAAAAAAGUGGUGAAUAAUGGCCGUGGGAGCUAGUUUAACUUCAGCUGCGGGGAUCUUAUCUUUGCUCAAGGAGUCUGAAGAUGAGAUUAAAGCCUUUGCGCUAAAGAGACUGGACCAACUGGUGGAUGUCUUCUGGGCCGAAAUUGCAGAGUCCAUCAGUGGAAUAGAGGAGCUGUCUGAGAGAAAAGACUUUGUUGAGAGAGAGCUGGCUUGUCUGGUUGCCUCCAAGGUAUUCUAUCAUCUUGGUUCUUUCGAGGACUCGUUGAACUUUGCCCUUGGCGCUGGACCUCAGUUCGACGUCAACGGCACCUCAGAAUACAUUGAAACUAUCAUUUCCCAAUGCAUUGACCGGUACACUGAACUGAAAGUGAAACAAUUUGAUGGCUUGUUGGAGGAGGGGCGUGAGAUCGACCCCAGACUGGAGACCAUUGUGGACCGCAUGUUUGUCAGGUGUCUGGCUGACAAGAGGUACAACCAAGCUGUCGGUAUCUCCUUUGAAACCAGGAGAAUAGAUAUUCUGGAGCAAGUCAUCAGACGAGCAGAUGACACUGAAGGAGUGCUAGCCUACUGUCUGAAGGUGGCCCUCUCCCUCACCAGCAGUAGGAGGUUCAGAAAUGAGGUGUUGCAAGUACUAGUACAGACCUAUGAACAGCUCAAUUCCCCAGACUACAUCAGUGUGUGUCAGUGCUAUAUCUUCCUGGACAAUCCUCAGAGCACUGCUCAGGUCCUGGAGACGCUGGCCAGGGGGUCCAAGGAUGAUGCGUUGGUGGCGUAUCAGAUAGCCUUUGACCUCUACGAGAGUGCAACGCAGGACUUUUUGAGAAAGGUACAAGAAGCUAUACGAGGAUCAAUGCCAGCCCCACCCCCUGCCCCACCCACCACUGAGAAGGCUGCCAUUCUUGCAACUCCUGUACAGGAAACAGGUGAGGCCACAACCUCCGCUGAAGUGGGACAAGUCACCGAGAGUGAAGCCAUGGAAACAGAGCAAUCAACUAAUCCCGAACCUCCAACAAAGUCACAUGACCAGUCAGGUGAACUGGAUCCAGAGUGGGUAGGGCAUUUGAAGUCAGUGGACAGGAUAUUGGGAGGAGAGAUGACCGUCCGUUUUCACCAAGAGUUUCUUAUUCGAAACAACCACACCGACCUCCAGAUACUCAAGAACAUAAAGGAGGUGAGCCGCCACUCCAUUGUACACAAUGCGACUGUCAUUGCCAACGGUCUGAUGCACUUUGGUACAACGAGUGACGUGUUCCUGAGAGAGAACCUGGACUGGCUCAAGCAAGCCUCCAAUUGGGCCAAGUUCACAGCCACAGCCAGUCUGGGACUGAUUCACUAUGGUCACGAGAAGGAAGCUCUCAACCUGAUGGCAUCGUAUUUGCCCAGAGACUCGAGUGGGAGUAGCCCUUACGCUGAAGGGGGUGGUCUCUAUGCUAUUGGUCUCAUUCACGCCAACCAUGGCCUCAACAUGAUGGACUAUCUCUCCAAAGAGCUCAGAAAUACGAGUGAAGUGGUCCGUCAUGGAGGCUGUCUCGGUCUAGGACUGGCAGCCAUGGGAACUGCUAACUUAGAUGCGUACGAGCAGUUGAAGGAGAAUCUGAUGACUCGUGAUGAUGCUGUGAUUGGAGAGGCAGCUGGUCUGGCAAUGGGACUGGUCAUGAUAGGCACUCGCAACGAAAUGGCCAUAGAGGACAUGGUCAAUUAUGCUCGAGACACUCAACACGAGAAGAUACAACGUGGUCUGUCACUGGGAGUAGCUAUGUUGAUGUACGGUCAGCUGGAGGAGGCAGACUCCAUGAUAGAGGACCUAUGUAGGGACAAGGACCCUCUCCUACGACGUUGUGGAAUGUUCACCAUAGCCAUGGCUUACUGUGGCUCUGGUAACAACAAGGCCAUUAGGAAACUCCUUCAUGUGGCAGUUAGUGACGUUGACGAUAAUGUGCGAAGAACAGCUGUAACUUGUCUGGGCUUUAUCCUCUUCAGAUCUCCUGAGCAUUGCCCCCACGUGGUCUCGCUCCUCUCUGAGAGCUUCAAUCCUCACGUCAGGGCGGGGUCAGCACUGGCCCUGGGCAUUGCCUGUGCUAGCAGUGGCAACAAGGAGGCUCUCUCCCUCAUAGAACCCAUGCUCUCAGACUCUGUGCCAUUUGUACAACAGUCUGCUCUGGUGGCCUCAGCAAUGAUCCUCAUCCAACACACUCCCGUCAUGAGUUCAAAGGUCACCUUCUACAAGCAGCACUAUGCCAAGGUGGUCUCCGACAAGCACGAGCACAAUCUCGUCAAACUGGGCGCAGUCAUAGCUCAAGGAAUUAUCAACGCUGGCGGCUGCAAUGUCACUAUAUCACUGCAGUCUCGGACAGGUCACAUGAGCAUGAGGACGGCCGUGGGUCUGAUGGUGUUCUCCCAGUUCUGGUUCUGGUACCCACUCAGUUUGUUCCUGUCUCUGGCCCUCACCCCCACGGCCAUUAUUGGUCUCAACGCUGACCUCAAGAUGCCCAAGCUGGAGUUCCGGUCGAGUAUGAAGCCGUCCAUGUAUGCCUAUCCUGCACCUCUGGAGAAGGAGAAGGAAAAGUUCAAAGAAAAGGUGGAGGCAGCCGUGUUGUCUGUCACAGCCAAAGCCAAGGCCAAGUUACAGAAGAAGGCAGCUGCUAGAGCUGUCUCUGUCUCUGAAGAGGCCAUGGACACGGACAAGCCGCCCACGUCUUCUUCAGAGGUAAAGAUGGACACUGCUGAGACUGCUGAGUCAGCAGCAACUGCAGAGAAGGUAGAAAAAGUGGAGACUGUAAAGGAAGAAAAGACGGUUGAGGCACCAAAAGAUGAAAAGAUGGACACUGGUGAAGUGAAGGAAAAGAAGGCGGAGCCUGAGCCGGACUUUCAGAUGCUCUCUAACCCAGCUAGAGUGCUCCCACAGCAGUUGAAAGUCCUCUCUCUUGAAGAGUCCAGUCGCUACAAACCCCUCAAACCGAUGUCUGUGGGGGGUAUCAUCAUGCUCCGAGAUGGCAGUGAUGGGACCUCCCCCGAGGAACUCAUUGCACCUAUCAAAGUCCCGCUACCAGGCCAGGGAUCAGACGAAGACGAGCCUAAACCACCAGAGCCUUUUGAGUGGACGGGGGACGAUUGACCUACGAACCCUGAUAGGAAUACUAUAGCCUAGUACGUGACUCACGUAUUUACAGUAUUAUGAUGUACGUGUACAAGUGCAUGUAUGUGUACAAGUGCAUGUACGUGUAAUUAGGGUUUAUUUUAUCAAUCACCUUAUAUUAAAUAAAUAAAUUUCUUUUG